AUGACCCACUCGCCCAGCCCAAAGGCCCUGAUACCCCUGAUCCUCAACAAACCCUCCCUGCCGCCCGUGCUACCCCUACCCUCGCUCCACCACCAGCCCAACCAGCCCCACGACCGCCUACCGGGCCCCCACACCCUCCAGCCCAUGCACCCCCAGUACCACUAUGUUCUUCCACACCAGGUGCCUCGAGGCGCCCUGAUGCCCGAAGUGCCCGUGCCCCAGGAAUUCGCCUACUACCAGGCGCCCCAGCCCCAGGGCUACAUGGUUCCUGCUCCAGUUGUUCCGAUGCUGGCGCCGGUGCCUUAUCCUGUGUACCCUGUGAUGAACAACCAGUCCACCCAGCAUUCCCAGCAUCACCAGCAUCCACACACAAAUCCUCCUACCCAGCAUCCACACACGAACCCACCCCCUCCACAAAAACACCGCCGUUUCCGCAGACGCUACUACCAGAUUGUCCGCAAGUACAAGUGCACGUAUCCAGGCUGCACCAAGCGCUACGGCCUGUUGAACCACCUCAACACACACAUUGUCACAAAGAAGCACGGCCUGCGCAAGUCCAAGGCGGACUUUAAGGAUGUGGAUUUGGACGAGAAGGAAAAGACGCCGACACCGCCGCUGGCGCCUCUGCUGCUGGCUCUGGUUCCGGAACCGGCGCCGGAACCGGCACCCCAGGUUCCCCAGGGACUGCUUCCUACGCCGCCGGUUUGUUCGCUGACGGUUUCGGAAAACACUGAAAAGAAGGAGGAGCCUGAAAGCAAGACGUUGCCUCGCAUCCUGGAUAUCCUUGACGGGCCCGUGAAGCUCCCGCUGCUUCCGUCGGUGGUUGGCUACCAAAAGUGA